AGUUUCCGCCUCCUCUUGUCUUACUCCAUCCGAGCUGCAGCUUCACACACACGGAACAGCUCCGCGCUCACGCUCAAUAUGCCCGGACUGCUGCUCGGAGAUACAUUCCCCGAUUUCGAGGCAGAGACCACCACUGGCACAAUUAAAUUCCACGAGUUUCUGGGUGACUCAUGGGGAAUCUUGUUCUCCCAUCCCAGAGACUACACCCCAGUGUGCACCACAGAGCUGGGCCGAGCCGCAAGACUGAGCGGUGAGUUCAGAAAACGCGGGGUCAAAAUGAUCGCCCUGUCCAUCGACCACCUGGAGGAUCAUUACGGCUGGACCGAGGACAUCCUGGCAUAUAACUGUGAGGAGUCUCCUUGCUACUCGCUGCCCUUUCCCAUCAUAGCAGAUAGUAAACGGGAGCUGGCAGUGGCCCUGGGCAUGUUGGACCCUGAUGAGAAGGACAAAAAUGGCAUGCCGCUCACCGCCCGCUGUGUGUUUAUCAUCGGCCCUGACAAAAAGCUGAAACUGUCAUUCCUCUACCCGGCCACCACGGGACGUAACUUUGAUGAGAUCCUGCGAGUGGUGGACUCACUCCAGAUGACAGCAGAUAGACGAGUGGCCACACCGGCUGACUGGAAGCCUGGAGACUGUGUGAUGGUCCCUCCCAACCUGUCUGAGGAGGAGGCUGCCUCUUUGUUCCCAGAGGGCGUCUACACCAAAGAGCUGCCCUCUGGCAAGAAGUACCUGCGCUACACACCGCAGCCAUGAGCGCAGACAGACAGAGACCUCACUGAUGUUCAACACUCUCUGUAGACGGCACAGAUUGUAUCUUCAACCGGCAGUUCUCAGUCACAGACCAUAAGGAAGCUUGAGUACUGCUUGUUCUGUCCCUGCCAGGUAGAUAAACAAGUUAGCAGCUAAACCAGUUGUGAAUCAGUGCUUGAUAAAAUGUAUGGAAUGAAAAGUCUUAAAGAAUAUGUAUUGUACCAUAUAUACAGAGCUCCAACAAUGCAACCUGCAAUGUUCAGGAUGCUUUUCUUAAGAUUUUGGAACAUAUUUUUCUAAUAUUUGAUGAUAUAACAAAUAUAUACAGGCAGAAGAGAUUUUGUAAUAGCGACACUUAGAAUAUUUUAAAUCAUAUGUAUAUUGUUUACCCACAUGCCGCUUUGUCUUUGAAACCAAUGAAAGGGGAAGUGGUUGAUUGUGCCAUUUACACAAAGGACUAAAUUCAGUCUUGUGGAUUUACUGGAUCUAUACUCUAAUGUUUGAGUGCAUGAUGAAAGAAUUUCACCUCUGUGGGACAAUAAAAAACAUUAAGGUUGCGUAUUUCCCCCCCCAGAAUUAUUAAACUAAAUAAAUGUUUAGCAAACGAUGAA